ACGAUGGCAAGGGGGCGCCAUAGCCAACUGUCUGCUCUUAUUUAGAAGGAAACACUGUAAUACCGGUGUAAACCUGUCUCACUUUGCUUCUUUUUGUUUAUUUUGGCUCGGCUUUUAUAUGACCACACGGUCAUUGGCGUGCACCUAUUUGAAUGUGAUGCAUGUAAGCCACUUGCCACUGUUGCUUUCGUUUCCACGGACCUGUUCGCCGACUGUUUAGCUAGCUAGCUAGUUAGUUAGCCCACUGCAAUGUCAGCGUGGCGGAGGCUGCAUGUGAAGGUGCGGAGGGCGCAUGGAUUAUUUACCUCGCGACGGGUGACAGAGCAAUACACAUGGAUGUAUGGUCCGUCCACGUUAGGUCAAAACCUGAGCACAGGCAAACCUCUCCGGAAUGACUUCUUUAAAGAGCUGGAAGCCCAACUGGCAGCCAUGAGGAAGAAGGCGGCUGAUGCCCUGCCAGGGAGCAGCUGGAGUCCCUUUGAUAUAAACCCGAACCUUCCUCCUGAAAGGGCUGACAUUGUGAUUAUUGGUGGCGGUGUGAUGGGCUGGUCCAUUGCCUACUGGCUGAAGCAGAAGGAGAGGGUGCGAGAAGGGGUGAAAGUUAUUGUGGUGGAGAGGGACCUAACGUACUCCCAGGCCUCGACAGUGCUGUCUGCUGGGGGGAUCCGACAGCAGUUCUCCCUGCCUGAGAACAUCCACCUCUCCCUGGCCUCCGCAGAUUUCAUGAGGAACAUCAAUGAACACCUGGGCGUGUUGAAUGAAGACCCAGUGGACCUGCAGUUCAACCAAUCUGGAUAUCUCUUCCUGGCCAGUGAGGAGGUUGCUCACAUCAUGGAGGAGAACUACAGCACCCAGAGGCAAGUCGGAGCCAAAGUGACACUUCUCUCUCCUACACAACUAAAGGAGAAAUUUCCAUGGAUAAACACAGAUGGUGUGGCGCUUGCUUCAUAUGGGUUGGAGAAUGAGGGCUGGUUUGACCCCUGGAGUCUGCUGAACGCCUUCAGGAGGAAAGCCAUGUCAAUGGGAGUCAUUCAGUGCUGUGGGGAAGUUACAGAUUUUAAAUAUACAGUAAGUAUGAUGACAAGUCCUGGUGGUGACCCUGUGGUUUACAAGAGAAUAAAUUCUGUCAAAGUGCAGAUGCCAAAAGGCCUGGAGUACCAGAUGGUGGAAUGUGCUAUUGUGGUGAAUGCAGCAGGAGCCUUUUCUGGUAAACUGGCAGAGAUGCUGGGAAUCAGCUCCAACCCUAAAGACACCAUCGCUGGAACUCCAGUGCCUGUUGAGCCUCGGAAAAGGUACAUUUAUGUAGUCCACUGUCCUGAUGGUCCAGGUCUAGACACUCCCUUCCUGAUUGAUUACUCUGGAAUGUACUUCAGAAGAGAAGGGUUAGGAGGAAACUACAUCACUGGCGCAUCGCCAAAGGAGGCAGAUGAGCCAGACACCAGUAAUUUGGAGGUGGACCACCAGUUUUUUGAGGACAGUGUUUGGCCCAGAUUGGCAUAUCGUGUUCCUGCUUUUGAGAAACUUAAGGUGACCAGUGCAUGGGCAGGUUUCUAUGACUACAACACCUUUGACCAGAACGGUAUCAUUGGUGAUCACCCUGUGAUCAACAACAUGUACUUUGCUACUGGCUUCAGCGGCCACGGCCUGCAGCAGUCCCCUGCAGCGGGCCGUGCUGUGGCAGAACUGAUCCUGGAUGGAAACUUUAAAACACUGGACAUGAGGGGCCUUGGUUUCAGACGGAUUAUGGCCCAGGAGCCCAUCCUGGAGAGAAACAUUUUGUAGAGGAUGUUGAACCUGCCGCCAAUGCCAAAUUAUUACAGUUUACUGGUCUAAUUUUUGUAUUUUCUUGCUGUCAUUACUGUGAGUAAUAAUAACAUAGGGCUUGCCAAAUUAAUUAAUGUGAUCUGGGAAAGUUGUAUGAUUGCUACAAUGACAACCAAUGGGCAAAAAACAUUAGCAGACAGAUGAUCGAGACUGUCCUUCCAAGAAAUCUGACAGCAUCAGUUGUUUGAGCAAAUACCCAAACACAACAUAUGUUCACUUUCAAGUGUCAGAGACCUAACAGCCAUUGGCAUUAUGAUUCUUAACAAUCUGAUGUUGUUACAGGACCACAAGUCCACAGAGGGAAGAUGUUGAGGUUGUCUGAAUGAGUCAACAAAUCGGUAACCACAACAAACCACUCAGUUAGACAGGCUUUAAACAAAGCCCCAGUUUAACCAAACCUAUUUCAUAGAGAAAGCAAUAGUAAUAGAAACUAUCACCCAAGCAUCAUAGUUUCCACAUCAACUUCCUGCUUCAUCUUUGACCUACUGUCCUCUAUAGUGAAUAGAUAGGUUUUGUGUUCAGCAAGUGAGUAUUGCUGACAUUUUGGAUUCUUUCAGUUUUGAGGGAAUAUCAAAGCAAAGAAUUGUAGACAAAUGGUUUUCAAAGUAGUGAAAUUUGUAAAAAAAUACAGUAUUACAGGUAUUUUUAGGGUUUAAGGUGUUGUAUAGAAGUUGUGCACCAGAUGGAGCCAUUUCUGUGGUGAGCUUUAAUCAUGUUACCAGCACAAGCCGCUUGACAUGCUUAAUGUAAACCAGAGAAAACAGAUCAAGCCCUAUUUUUAACAGUGUAAUUUAAAUGGGCUAUUCGAGAAAGUAGGUUAAGUAAAAAAAAAAAAAAACAUUUACAGAUUAUAUGUUAUGACUGUUAUGGUUAAAAUUAUUUUAGUAGCAUGUAAGAACAGCAGCAACACUGCAUCUUCUGCCAUAGUUUUCUUGUGCUAACUGCAUCUUGUGCCCAUUGCCAAGGGGCAUCUUAUUAAUUCAAAGCAUCUUUUAUAUCACAAUAGAUCAUGGAAAUAUGCUCAACUGAUAUGAAAAUGGUCUUUCUGCAGCCAGCAGAAUAUGGCAAAGACACUGUUUCCUCCGCUCUUCAUUUUAAUGCAAAUGUGAGGCAGCCUUGCAGGUUCGAAGAGGGGGAGGGGGACCAGGGGAAAUGCAAUUGAGGGAUUUCUUUGUGAGGGCCAAUGCAAAUCCCAAAUGUUCUCAGGGCUGAAAACAAAAACAGCAUGGGUGCUGCAUAGGGACCGCUGGCCCCUUCAAUAGAUGCACUUUCUACCACACAAAAGCGCUGAAGGCUUUCUCUGCUUCCACAAUAUUCCCAUGCUUACGCUGGUCAUAAAUUUACACUGCCAAGAACUGCAGCCAUGAUUCCGGUGCUGAUGUUGUGAAUUCACAGUUUGCAUUAUUAGGUUUUUUUAGUGGAGUGAUGAAGGCAGUCACCCUGCCACUCAGAGAUAAGUGACGCCCAUUGGGAGCUCUCUGGCUGUCUCCUCUGUAUGAAGCCAGUGUACAUGGUGGCAUGUGGCUGGGAUUAGGAAAUUUCACUGUGGAUUAAAAUCUUUCCAGUGCCUCUAUGGCCACUUGCUUAAAGAAAGGAGUCUGAAGUUCUAGCAGAGAUCCAGUGAGCACUCUGGGCCCAUGGUCUCAGUUAGCAGGUAUGUUGAACCACAACUUUUCCAUCUUUCUUUAUUCAGAAAUGAGAUUUACUUUGUGUGUUUUGGAGUUUGGAGACCUCUUUCAAGUGCUAUUUCAUUUAGAUACCAGCAUAGCCGAGGUUACAUUUUGUUCCAGACUGUUGUUUUUACUUACAGCUGCCCAGAGGCAAGUUGCUUAAAUAUUUUAAUAAUUUAGAGAUUACCUAGAAUUGUAAAGAUGUUAAUGGCCUCUAAGUUUUCCAUUGUGGUCUCUAGCAGAAUAUACAAAGCAGUUUAGCCAUUUAUAUAUGAGAGAAAUUCAAAGAAGUAAGGGAAUCCAACAGUAACAGUACUUUUGUAAGCCUUAUUUCAAGGCUUAAUAACAGAAAAACAUCAAUAGCACAAGUGGUUUUUAGCAGUUUUACCAGUUUGUCCAACUACACUAUGUUAAAAUAUUAAUUGUAUAAUAUGCAUGUAACGAGGACUAGGAUUAGUUGAUUUAACAAGUCAAUUUCACUUUUGUGUGAUCAGUAACUGCUUAAUCUCUGGUAGACAAUUGUCAACUAAUUCAUAAAAUUGGGUUUUAAUAAGAUUAUUCUGAAGUUGUGAUAAUGUUUACUCCAAAAAUAAAUGUCUUUUAAGUUUC